GGAGCGGCAGAAGCAUUGAAGUAGCGCCGGGAGCUGGUGGGAGGAGGCGUGCAGGACAAACGCUGACAGGCUGAGAGGACGAGGCUGCUCGCAGCACCUGACAGGCGGCGGCGUCGGGAGGAGACUCGCACUCAGCACCGCGACGCGGGGAGGCUGCGGCGGAGGAACGAGGAGCAGGCAGGAGCCCUGAGCUGGGAGGAGAGGAUGAGGACCACGGCAACCACCUGACUCGCGCUGGGAGUGAGCCUCGGCACCUGCGGCGGCGGCCUGAGCACUCGCUGGGCUGUCAAGGAGACCGGGGCGGACGGGGAGAGAGAGCUGCUGAGAUUAUGCGCGGGGCGGCGAGCUCCUGUGGAUUCCCCAUCAUCGGCAACGGCAGCGGCAGCAGGAGGAGCGGGCGCUGCAGCGACACGAGGAGCUCCGACCCCACAGCUAUUUAUUUAUCCAGAGAUGACGGCAGCGUUCACAGCCGAGGCGUAACGGGAACCGGCCGUCCAUGUAGCCACGGCGCUGAACGUACCUGUAGCCAGAGCGGUGAGCACAGCCGCAGCGCUGGUACCAAGGUGACCACAGCGGCGCAGUCAGGUGUAGUCGUAGCAGUAGCGGGGGGGCAGUGGCUCAGGACACUGAAUGACCAGUGUGGCUGAUGAAGGCCACCUGGAUCCGCUUGCUGAAACGAGCCAAGGGAGGUCGCGUCAAGAGCUCCGAUGCCUGUGGUUCGGCCGACUCCUACACCAGCCGUCCAUCAGACUCCGAUGUGUCCCUGGAGGAGGAUAAGGAGGCAGUGCGCAGAGAGGCAGAGCGACAGGCUCAAGCACAGCUCGACAAGGCCAAGACCAAACCUGUUGCAUUUGCCGUUCGCACAAAUGUCUACUACAACCCGUGCCACGACGAUGACGUGCCCGUGCCGGGCAUGGCCGUCUCCUUUGAGGCGAAAGACUUCCUCCACGUCAAAGAGAAAUUUAACAACGACUGGUGGAUAGGACGCCUGGUGAAAGAAGGCUGUGAAAUCGGAUUCAUUCCCAGUCCGGUGAAGCUUGAGAACACUCGAAUCCUCCAGGAGCAGAGAGCCAAGCAGGGCAAGUUCCACUCCAGUAAAUUGGGAGCAAACUCGUCUUCUAGUUUAGGCGACGUGGUCCCUAAUUCGCGGAAAUCUACUCCUCCCUCAUCUGCCAUUGACAUAGACGCCACAGGCUUAGACCCUGAGGACAAUGAGCUCCCCGUCAACCUGCGCUCCCCUAAAGCCAGUCCAAACACUGUCAUGUCGCCCCUAGCAAAAGAGAAACGAAUGCCCUUCUUUAAGAAGGCGGAACACAUUCCUCCAUACGACGUUGUGCCUUCCAUGCGGCCCGUGGUUCUGGUUGGACCGUCACUGAAGGGCUACGAGGUGACAGACAUGAUGCAAAAAGCGCUGUUUGACUUUUUAAAACACCGAUUUGAAGGAAGAAUAUCAAUCACUCGGGUCACGGCAGACAUCUCUCUCGCCAAACGCUCGGUCCUCAACAAUCCCAGCAAGCACGCCAUCAUCGAGCGCUCCAACACACGCUCAAACCUGGCUGAAGUCCAGAGUGAGAUUGAACGAAUAUUCGAGCUGGCGCGGACGUUACAGCUGGUGAUCCUGGAUGCUGACACCAUCAAUCACCCAUCACAGCUGGCAAAGACUUCUCUCGCCCCCAUUAUAGUCUACGUCAAGAUCACCUCCCCGAAAGUGCUGCAGCGGCUCAUCAAGUCUAGAGGCAAGUCUCAGGCCAAACACCUCAACGUCCAGAUGGUGGCUGCCGACAAGCUGGCUCAGUGCCCCUCUGAGAUGUUUGACAUCAUCCUCGAUGAGAACCAGCUGGAGGACGCGUGUGAGCACAUGGCUGAUUAUCUAGAGGCCUACUGGAGAAGCACUCACCCCACCAGCUCUAGCCCCUCUGACGAACCACUAGCAACGCUUCCCUCCAGCCCAGACCAGGUGCUGGGUGUGCAGGCCAGCACUACAGAGCAGAAAGGAGACAAAGCGUUAGUGGAGAGGAAGGGCUCCAAAGAGGAUCACCAGCACCAUCACCACCACCACCACCACCACCAGAGCCAGGACCAGCCCGACGCUGAGGCUGAGGGCACUGAGGAGGAGAGGCCCCCAAGGACAGAGACCUCCAGGAGAGCCCAGCACGUCCACCACCGGUCGUCUUCCACUAGAACUGAGCACCACAACCACCAUCACCACAGCAGUCGAGCCAAAGGACUCUCCAGACAGGAGACUUUGGACUCGGAGACCCCCGAGAGCCGGGAGAGUCGAGAAAGCCGGGAGAGCAAGGAGAGCAAGGAGAGCAAGGACUCGGCUUACGCCGAGCCACGCACUAAGCACCUCCACCAGGAGGAGGAGGGGGAGGAGGAAGACGAGGAUGUAGGGGAGGGGCACCCCCAGCAGCAACAGCGUUAUGAGCUACUGCCCCAUCGGGACCACAACCACCAUCACCACCACCACCAUCACCGCGGCGCGGCGGACGACGCCGGCCACGGCGCCGGACACCACCGCUCCAAGGAGCGCGAGCAGGACCAUAACGAGCGCAACAAGCAGCGCUCGCACCACCACCACCACCGGCCGGCACGAGACCACCACCACCACUACUAUGACCGGGACAGAGACAGGGACCGAGAGGGAGAGGUGGCUCCCAAAAAGAGGGGUGAGGCGGGGGAAUGGGCCAGAGACUCCUACAUCCACCAGUGACAGACCAAAAUCCUCCUGAAGCUCCCGUCGUGCUGCUAAACCCUGAACCACAGCGUCCUAUUUAUGUACACUUCCUUUGUAAAUGCUGUUGCAUCUUUUUCAGUGGCAGGAUUUUGAUGACAUAGAUACAAAUAUAUAAAUAUUAACGUAUGUGUGUAUCUAUGCAUAGACGUUGUUUAUGUGUGGAUAUGCAUGAAUAUUCUUGAAUAUUUUAAAACUGUGUUUGAUAAAGCAUGACACAAAAGCAGAAUUUUUUCUGUACUGAGCUGUGCUUUCUGUGAUUAGCAUUUUAAUUUUAUUUUUUAUUAAUAUUAUUAUUGCUUGCUAGCACUUGAAUCAUUUUUUUCUGUCAGACUACUGCAGGGGUUGACUACCAGCGUUAACCCACCACAUAAGUUUGCCUGCUUCUUUGCAGAAACCCUUUCAGUUUUCCGAGUAAUCGUUUGGCAAUGUGGGAAAUUCACUCGUCUGUUGAGAGUUGCACAUGAACAAUAGCUAUAACAUUUUCAGCUGAACACACAAGUCCUAAAACUACUUCUGUCUUUGUGGAAGUCAUGAAGCUCAGUCUUAGUUUUUAAUGGAGAUCUUAAACAUGCAGAACUGCCGCUGGUUGUUAUUACCUUUGCAUUUAGCAGACAGAGGAAUACAGGAAAUGUCCAUGUGCCGUGUGUGAGACAACACUUCAGUGCAUUUCCCAACAUGUCACGUUUUCUCUCUCCAUCAUUUGAGGCUCGGCUCCUCUUUUGAUACUGCACCGGUGGGUUCAGACAUUUGGUUCCAUCACACUAAUGCCUCCGUCGAGGUGCACCUUAGUCUUGCCUUACAAGACAGAUGAGUUCUACAACAACCUUCUCUCUGACAUGCAGUACUGUUCUCUUUGUAUGGGUGCAGAAACAUUUUGUAACGUCGAUUUUGCAUUUUCACUGAUUCACACUGGUGAAGUGAAACAGUUUGAUAUGAAACUUGCUGUAGGUCUGCUACCAAAACACGAUGAAGGGUCAUCUUCUUAGUCUCACCCCUUUUUUCUAAAUGGUUGAAUUUUUAUUUGUUUUUUCCUCUGUGUUUCUCACUGUACAUUAAAAGGUGCAUCCACACAAUGAAUGUUUACCAGAGGAGGUUUUUUGGCUCAUGUUCCCUCCUCGGACUGAAACACAGGACCUGUGGAAUGCAGAGUGAUGGGCUUUGAACUUGCCCCCCAAAAUGAUGUGUUUAAUUACAGAUAUUGGUGAUAAAGAAAUACGAGUCCACUCGCCUCUGUUUACAAACCAACCCAAUCUCCUCACUUUCAUUUUUGCCUGACAAGUUGUCAUUACAAAACCUCUCCGAUUCUAUGCUACAUUGGUAGCAACGCAGGUUUUUUUUAACAGUGUACAUGUGUAUGUACAUAUUGCAUAAAUAUAAAGAAUAAAGUUGGCCACUAAGGACUGGCACGGGGUGA